AUGUUUGACUCGGAGGAGCUCGUCCCUACCCUAUCCGACGUCGGGCAGUUCAAGCUUGAGGAGACGCCAGAGCAACCUAAGCAAUACUUCCUCAAAUUCGACAGCAGAUACGAGAAUGAUGAGAGCAAGGCUAGAAACGCUCGUCCGGGCUAUAUCUUGGGAUACACAUCUACAGGACAGCUGAGUAAAACACCUGCAUUUGUCGACAUACUGAAGAAGCCGGAUCAGGGACCCAACGGGUACGCCAAGACCUACGAUGCAUUCGGUAAACCGGACAGACCGCCCGAGUUCUGUCCGUAUGAAAUUGACGGCGCCGGGCUGGUCCAAGUGGAAAUCGACUCGGGCCUUAUCGUGGAGGACCUGAGCAGCGAGACGGCUCUGACAGAGAGGAGAGAGCGCGGUAGUGGGCUGCUGGGAUCUGAAGCAGCUGCACGCUCUCUGGCUGAGAACCUCGCCUUUAAAAGCGUAGUGGCAGCGGCAGGAGCGCAGACAGUAUCCAACGUCAAUGGUCCUAGCAUCAAGGAGUUCAACGGGCGAAGGCUUAUUCGCGUGCCAGCAGAUAGACUGACUGGAAAAAUAUUUUGGUUGCAGCUCAACGACGGCGAGCAGCCUGGCUUUCCAUGUUUCGUGCUCGUGCUGCCAGGAGACAUACCAUCCGAGCGACCAAUUGUCUACGCGUCCAAGCCAGCAGCAACUUGGAAGCGAAUACACGGGGAUCGACAGUCGUGA